AUGCCUACAGCAUUCCAACUCGACACCACCACCUGUCAGUGCUUUCGCGUGUCUCGUCAAGGACGUGAAAAGCAAAAAGCGGUCAUACAGGCAUUAAUAUCCCAACAAAAUCAUCACAGCAAAGAGAGUAAUGAAGUGCAGCAAAUGGACACGCACACUACAUGUUUGCGAAGCUGUUUAGCAUUAACGAAGUGCAUAAAUGAAACACUGCAGUUUAAAAGUACCAACAAUGUGGAACUGUUGCCCGAAAUAAAUAGUUUGAUUGUAGCAACAACAAUAUUGGAAUUAAUAUUAGUGCUUCCAACAAUAAUUAAAAAGUCGUUGUUUGUACUAUGUCAGUUGACAGAUGCGUUAGCUGAUGUAUUUCUUGCUAAAGGCCAAACAACUAAGCAUGUAGUCUACCCAUUCGGUCUGCGGAAGCAGCUAUGGCCAGUAAAACACUCCAAAAUAAAUCCCAUUUCUAUUUAUUCAAAAACUUAUUCAAAUGCUGUAAUCUACGCUGACCAGUGGUUAAACAUUUGUUCUGUGGAGGACAAAAUUCGCUUGACAAUAGAACACAAGAAAAAGGGCAGAGAAAAAAUUGAGGGGAAGCUGAGAAUUGCUGUUGGCGUUUCUAACCAGAAAGCUUUUAAAAGUGAAAAAAUUGGUCCAUUACCACAUUUUAUCGUUUUAAAAGCAUGCUUAUUGCAGGAUGCUCCCUCUGUGAAUGUUGUGCACACGUCGUGA